CGACUCCGCCUUAAUUGGAAACACGUCAUUUUGCGUUAUGUUUUAUCUGAUAUUUUGAAAAUUUCAUCUGCAAACGACAUCUGACGGUGACUCUGGAAGAGCUGUUGGCAAUAUUUUUGACAUAAACUGGAUAAUUUUUAAUCAGGCUUACUCUCUGUUUUGAAUGACAAGCCCCUGUGAGCUGCUCCACUGAAGUUCAAAAGCCUAAAAUGUGAAAAGUUUACACUCUUACAUACAUCAACAAAAGGUAACCACUGAAAGAUGCGAAUCAACACAAAGUGCCUAUGGACAUUAACAAUUUCAAUACUUGUUUCUAUUUUAUCGGAUAAUUUUGGUCAAUGCAAAUCAACUUUUAUUGAUGGGGAAAAUACCUUAUUCGCAGGCGAUGCUGCAGAACAGGAUUUAACGGGAGAAAGACUUAAUAGUGAAGGUACGACAAAGUUAACAGCUGAGGGAAAGCGCGGAUGGGAUGGCAAUUUUGCAGUGUGGGGUAAAAGGGAUUACGAUGCAUUUUCUGAAAAUGCUCGAGAAAACAGUUUAUCAUCUGCUCAACUUGAUCCCGAGAAACGCAAAUGGUCAAAAUUUGCAUCAUGGGGUAAACGUGAAAUACCGCUUGAUUCCAGUACAGGAUGGAUAGAUCAGGAUAUUGAUAAUAAAAGAGACCUAGAGGUUAUGACAGAACCAUUGAAAAUUGAUGACUCGGAAUGGCCAAAACAUAGUACAGAUAAACGGAGAUGGCAAGCUUUAAAUACGUGGGGGAAGAGAACUAUUGCCAACAGCCUAGACGAGGAUGCUAAAAGAGGUUGGUCAGGGUUUACUUCUUGGGGAAAGCGAGACAGUGAAAUCGAUCAACUUAACAACAUAGAAAAACGAAAGUGGCAAAAAUUCGCAUCAUGGGGGAAGAGAGAUGACGAACAGCUUAUUGGCGAUGCUGACAAAAGAAAAUGGUCGAAGUUCACGUCAUGGGGCAAGAGAAACUAUGAGCCCAUUUUGGCGGAACUUAAAAAACGAAAAUGGGCAAAAUUUACUUCUUGGGGAAAAAGGUCCGAAAUAAAUGAUGAUUUAGAAGCUGAGAAGAGAAAAUGGGCAAAAUUCACGUCUUGGGGAAAACGUGAUAAUGGUGUAGACACUGAUGAAGAAUUAGAUACUCCCGAUAAAAGAAAAUGGAAUAGACUAGCAGUUUGGGGCAAGAGAAGCAAUGACGAGUCAAACUUAAUUGAUAAAAGAAAUUGGGCAAAGUUUGCGUCAUGGGGAAAGCGACCAAGAAACCCACAGGCCUGGCUAGCACUUAAUACAUGGGGAAAAAGAAGAUGGACAGGGCUGACAACAUGGGGUAAACGGUCCGGUGAUGGUUUCAAUGCAGAAACAUUGGCACGUAAAUUGCUCCACUUUUUUGACAAUAAUGGCGACGGGGCCUUAGACAUAGACGAACUGACGAGCUAUAUCAGAACUCUGAUGUCACUUCCGUCCAAACUCAACGCGGAAGAAACGCUUUCUGAUGUAUAAUAACGUCAAAACACUAGUAACUUUGAUGAAAUAGUGAUAUAUUAAAAUUGAAAACCAAAUUUACUAAAAGAUUAAGUCAUAGAUUCAUAAAUGUUUUGGCAUAUCGUACUAAAUUUUCGCAAAUAGGACGGUUUUGUAUAAAUCGUGUGUAUUGAAGAUCAUUUAUAAACUUUAUUUUUGUAUGCCGAUUAAUGGAACGGUAUAACUGUGUUCAGUAGACAAAUUCACGCACCCGUAUAUAAGAAAUUGUUUUAUUAAAUAUACAAACUAAACUUCAUUUCUGGAUUUUCUAUCAAUAAUUUUCGAAAUCGACACAAGACUGUUAGCGCUCAAAUAAACCACGAACGCUCUUAUUUAUGUAUGAGUUGUAAAAUUGUUUUGCUUUAAUCUCGUAAUACAUUCCUUAUAUCUACUUGAUUUAAAUAUGCUGCUGAGAAAUUUAUAACAGUAUACUUUUGAAAGUUAUAUUUACAGCUUAACAUUAUAUCAGUUAAUGUAAUUUCAAUAUUUUGGCUCACAUUGUUUUUUGUUAUUUUAAAAUGUAGCUUUAGUUAGAAAAUGUUAUCGGAAAUUUGUUACAGUUCUAUUAAAAUUACAUUGUUAUUAAAAUCAAAAUGUUUUCAGUGAACAUGGUUUAUACAAAAUAUGGUUAAAAUGUUACAAUGUUUAAGAUAUUUAAUAAAACACCGACUAUGUUAUAUUAAAGUUUACAGGUUUCAAUAAAUCCGUUUAAAGGAUGUUUUACA